AUGAUUGCGAUAAAGGAAGGGCCUCUCUUCUGGGCUCUUGACAAGGACGCCACCGUGGUGCAAAGGACCUAUGGCGUGCUAUACCCUCAGUUACUACUAAUAUACUCCAACGAGGAUGAGUCCAGUUUCAAAAGGACUAAACCCUUGAAGUUCUUCAAUCUUCAGCAGUGCCUUGCCGUCCAGCCCGCUGAUCAGUACCCGGAUUUCUACGGAAUAAUGUUGAUGAUUGUGCCCGGUGGAGUGAGUCUACUGGGGUGUUCCUCGGAAAUCGAGCGUCGAGAAUGGAUGGAAGUGAUGAACGAGGCAAUGGAUGCAGAUGUGAUUUCGACAGAGCUUCGAGAUUUGAUUGACACAAUUCUGGGAUGUCAAAAAGUCCCACACACGGAUGCCAGCAAGGACGGGGAAGUCGGCAGCAGUGGCGAUAGUUUCAACAACUCCGAUCUACCCACCAUUUCUCCGCAGUUGCCCCACGUAGUCCAGCUGAUAAUGCAGAAGCCGUCGGAAGAGGCGACUACCUUUUCUUGUCCGCCCCUUAGUUUGAUUGAUUCCCCACAGCCUGAUUCGCCCAUUCAAGCUUCACCCAUCAAAGACACCGAUUACUGUUGCAAUGGCUGUUUAAAUGAGGUCGCAGAGAUCCUGUCCGAAGUACAUCCCACCCUAUUCAACAGCAGGAAUGAGGAGCAUCUGCAGCCUAAACAGCAAAUUCAGAAAGUCCAUCAGCUAGAGAAAGGAGUCUCGAACGAUCAUGCCAAGGAUCUACCAAAAAUACGAGCCAAGCCAAUAAGUGAAACGGAGUCCAUGAUUGAUAAUUUCCGAUCCCUAAGUAAAGUACUCAUUUCCCAGGAGGCAGUAACUUCGGUGUUGGGAGAUAACUGUUCGAUUCUGAAAGAAACACUGAAGCUGCUUCGUGACCGAUUGCGUUUGAGAGGGAUUGAAGUGGAGCUUUCAUUUCUCCAAGCUUCCACACCCUCUGACCGCCAACAUUCAAAGGGAGGCUCCUCACUCCAAGAUAUUCCAAAUGCGCUAAAGUCCUGGCGCUCCGCAGACGGCCCGUCCGUGAUUCGACGUCGAGGACAUCAGGUACGUCGACCUGGCCAGACAGCCUCCUUGGUGAUGUCUGAAGACCAAUCUCUGUUGUGUUCGAGUCCUGACACUCUCAGCACAGGGACCAGUUCUACACAGACCCUUGUAGCAUCCACUCCUAUUGACGGUCCCGCCUAUAAUGACAGCCAUUCCGUGGAUGUAGUUUGCUCGCACUGUCUCAAAAUACUCUCGGCUGGCAUCCUAGAAAUCUCCAUGAAUCUCAUAACCUCUGAGACAUCCCCCAGUCCCCAAACAAUGCGACGAGUUUGUGCUCUUGCCUCCUGCCUCCAUUCCUAUCUCUCGGGUCACAUUGCAGCCAUCCGCAAUCGAACAAACCUUCCGGAUGAUGUACUAAUUACUGGACUGGCAAAACUCGCUCUGAAUGACCCAAACGCUCCUCCAAUGGUGCAGGCUUUGGUUGAAAGCGUGGCGGCCGAAGUGUGUGGACAAAUUUUGGACGAGAUAGGGGAUGGGAAGAUGAACGAUACAAACUCAACUCACAUAGUAAAUGGACUGGUAAUGGAUUGGUUCAAUGCCAUUCCUGAGAAGCCGGAUCUAAAGUGGAUGCUUCCUGGCUACAUUGCUACAUGUCUCAUGCUUUAUCGGUUAUCCGAUUCAGGAGUUAACAUAAUCAAGAACUAUGAGAAGCUACUGGAGCCAUCGUUAACAAACGGGAGCUCGCAUGAUAUUCAUAUUCAAGAUGUGCUGGAGGCUCUUUCGAUUACCCUUAAUCGCUCUGUGUGCCAAGAGAAGGAUGGAAACCCGCCUCAAAACGAGUCCUACCUUCAAUUGGGAGUGGAAUUUGAGUCCGUAUUCUUUGAACUGCUGAUGCGGAAGUACGAUAAGCACGCCCUGGAAAUCAUUCUCCCUGAGGCAGUGAGCCCACGGAACGUGAACCCGGAUAGAAAGCAGUCGUCUCUAUCGCCUGACGUAAAUAACGCCCUGAACGAGUUGGAAGGCCUUUCGAACCACCUUCUGAAAAGUCGACGUGCCUUCUACGAGCGCAUUCAAAAUAACGAGGAUGUGAGAGGUUCACUGCAGGCAAACCAAGAAGUCGAAGACUAUGCCAAUGUGAUCUCAGCUCUGCAACGGGAACAUGAGGAGGAGAAACAGCGUCUCCUACAGGAUGUCAAACAGAACUGGUUCCAUCGUGACUAUUACGAUGCAUAUACGGUUGAAUCGGAGCUCCAUCUGAAGAGUCUUCACUCUCAACUAAAUCGGCUUUGUGCUGCCACCAUGUCAAGCAAGGACCAUGCAAAGGACUUGGAAUCUGCAGCUGCCAAACUAGCCAAAGCUCAGAAAUUAAUUCGUGACAGCCACGUGGUACUGCUACACCAAGUUGAGAACGCCAUAAAUGUCUUCUCCAAGUUUGUCAACAGUGCGGUGGAUCGUCAAGAGGGUCUAGAAGAUAAUGACUUCAACGAUUUGUCAGCGCGGGUUCCUGAUGCUCUUGCGGGUCUCGCCGCAGCCGUUAAUGACCUUCGAGCACGACUCUAUUGUGAUGUGGACGACGACGACGAUCUUAUUGACGUCGAUGCUGAUGGAGAAGAAGACGAUGAAGUGAAAGACUUUCCGGGGAACUUUGAAACGUCGGAUGGAAGAGUCCGGAAGCUGGGCCCCUCCCCGCUAGGCUUUACAAUCAACUUGCAGGAUUCAGAGGAUCCUGAUGAAAUCAGCGAGAGUGAGAUAUGA